AAUAAAUAUCUUAUUUUUACAUGUUUUUUUUCCUUAAUGAAAGUUAAUCAUGCAAAAAUAAAUAUUUAAAUUUGACAUGUUUUAUUUUUUUUUGAUAGUUAAUCAUGCAAAAAUAUAUAUUUUAAUUUCACAUGUUUUAAAAUUUAUUAAUUUUUUUAUUUUUAAAGAUUCCAAAUUGGACAACCUACAUACAAAUUUGAUUAGAAUUCUUAGUUAUUUAAAAAAAUACUUUAAUAUUCCUAAGGAUUCUCACCAUUGGAGAUGGUCUAAUUAGUUCGGGAACAUAAUAAGCGAGGUCUCUUGUGAGCUCUAUCUUCUUCCCUCUUUCGAUUUCCUGAGCUUCAGAUUAACAAACAUGGCCACCGCUGGAAACAAGAACAUCAACGCCAAACUGGUCGAUAACAUUCUCAACGCAAUUGCUAAGCUGGGAUUUACUGAGCCAACACCAAUACAAGCUCAGGGAUGGCCAAUGGCUUUAAAGGUAGGUGAAGAACCUGUUUCUUUGACUAAGAGAAGAUUCAGGUCUAAUAAUAUUGAACCUAUACAUUUUGGGAAAAUGAAGAGAGAGGAAGUGAGCCGAGAUGGCCAACGAACAUGACCGAGAUGACUUGGAGAGAGUAUUGGAGGAGGCUCACGCCGAUGAGUGGAGCAGAGAGCCAAAACUGCUUCCUCACCUCUUCCUUUACACUCUGAUCACCGUCACUCCCGCCACCGUUUUCUCGGAGUCGAGCUGACGCCAUGACACUGUGCAAAGGAAAGAUAGUCCAAGCUCUCCUGCAAAAUAAAAUAAACUACAAGAACAAGAUUUACCAAAACCUCUUAUUAUUCAUCUGCUAAUUUUAGAUGGUGAAACCUGGGGUUCGUGAAAGAGGCCAAUUGGCGGCGAGGGUGAUGGCAUCGGGAAGAACGGAGCCGCAGAAUCGUUGCCGGCGGAGAUCGGAGAGACGAAGAUCUAGCGGUGGCGUACACGAAAGAGGGGGAAGCACUGUACGAAGAAGCCAUUGUGUUAUCUAGUUUCUUCCAUCAGGAACCGAACCUUUUUCUAUGUACGAAACCAGAGUAACCGGAUCGAUUUUAACCUUUAAAUCGAUUGGUUCGGUUAAUGUACCAAAACCGAGUCGCUCGUAUAACCUCUUAUGGUCAGGUAUCUAGAUUAUUAAACAAACGGCCCUAUAUUAAAGGACGGAACUUAGGUUCACCUCCAAA